AUGAAUGAACUUAUAAAGUUUCAAAAAGAACAAGUAGAACGUACAAUUAAACAAAAAAGAAAGAAGAUCUUUAAGAUGUUUUACAUAAUUAUCAACUUUAUUCUAUCGUUGUUUGGUGCAUCACCAAUUGGUAACAAUAGCAAUAACAGUAACAAUAAUAAUAAUAACAAUAACAAUGGCAAUGGAUCUGUUGUUCAAAAACAACAAUUACAACAGUCACAAGACAAUAAUGGUAAUAAUCAAUUGAAUAUAGAAAUAUUAAAUAAUAGUGUUCAACAACAACCUACUAUUAUUCAAAAUAGUAGUAACAAUAAUAACAAAACAUCUUCCUAUUACUUUUCAGAAAAAGUUGUCAUAGGAGAUACCAAAGCUAUAGAGACUGAAAAGAGACUACUUUCAAAUCCAUCGGAAUUAUCAAAAGAUCCAAUACCAUUGUCUUAUCCACCUACAUCAACAUCAUCAACAUCAUUGAAUCAAGAAGGUCAACAACAAUUAAGUGGAAUGGUUUUAUUGUCUUUGGAAGAUUUACCAUUGAAUACUCUGUACAUUACUCCUGCCGGUCAACAACUCAUUAGAAUCAAUGACUCUACUGUAAAAUAUGCUGAUGGUGAAUUAUUUGAAAUUGGUUCAUCUUCAAAGAGAGCUCCUGAUUUAACUUCUACUUCAUCUACUGAUAAUAAUGCCAUUCAAAUUGAAGAACAAAAGAAAUUGGCAGAGGAAGAAGAAAAGAAGCGUAAUGCUGAAGAGGUAGAAAGAAAGAGAUUGGUUGCCGAACAAGAAAAGAAGAGAUUGGCCGAUGAGCAAGAAAAGAAGAGAUUGGCAGAUGAAGCUGAGAAAAAGAGACUGGCCGAUGAAAAGAAGAAAUUGGCAGAUGAACAGGAAAAGAAGAAAUUGGCUGAUGAGGCUGAGAAGAGAUUGGCUGAUGAAGCCGAGAAGAAGAGAUUGGCUGAUGAACAAGAAAAAGAAGAAAUUGAAAAGAAGAGAUUGGCCGAUGAAGCUGAGAAGAAGAGAUUGGCAGACGAGCAAGAAAAGAAGAGAUUGGCCGAUGAAGCUGAGAAAAAGAGACUGGCCGAUGAACAGGAAAAGGCACGUUUGGCUGCUGAAGAAGCCGAGAGAAAGAGAUUGGCUGAUGAAUCAGAGAGACAAAAAGAAGCUGAAAGAAAGAGAUUGGCAGAAGAAGCUGAGAAGAAACGUUUGGCAGACGAACAAGAAAAGGUACGUUUGGCUGCUGAAGAAACUGAAAGAAAGAGAUUGGCAGAGGAAGCUGAAAAGAAGCGUUUAGCCGAUGAACAAGAAAAGAAAAGACUUGAAGCUGAAGAGGCCGAAAGAAAGAGAUUGGCUGAUGAAGCUGAAAAGACUCGUUUGGCAGCUGAAGAAGCCGAGAGAAAGAGAUUGGCAGAGGAAUCAGAGAGACAAAGACUUGAAGCUGAAGAAGCCGAAAGAAAGAGAUUGGCUGAUGAAGCCGAGAAAAAGAGAUUGGCAGAUGAAGCUGAAAAGAAGAGAUUGGCAGAAGAGGAAGCCGAGAGAAAGAGAUUGGCCGAUGAAGCUGAGAAGAAGAGAUUGGCAGACGAGCAAGAAAAGACACGUUUGGCAGCUGAAGAAUCUGAAAGAAAGAGAUUGGCCGAUGAAGCUGAAAAGAAGAGAUUGGCAGACGAACAAGAAAAGAAGAGAUUAGCUGAUGAAGCUGAGAAGAAGAAGAGAUUGGCAGAUGAAGCAGAAAAGAAGAAACAAUCAGCAGAGGAUUCAGCAGAAAAGAAAAAGACAAUUGAAAAACGUAAUAGAGAACAAGAGGGGGAUGACGACCAAAGAGAUCACAAGAGAUUGGUACAUCUUACACUUGAAAGACCAAACAAAAAGGGAAGAAAGAAACCAUUAAAGAGAUUAUCACAACAUCCAGCUGUCAAGGAAGUAGUCAGUUACUCCAAGGCUGGAAAUGAUGAUGACGAAUCGGCAACAUCCACAUCGACCUCUACCACAUCAUCAUCAUCAUCAUCACCAGUUAGAUUACCAGGUAUGGGUAUGCCAUUACCAGGCCUCAAUCCAACUGGUGGUCAUCCACCUGUUGCCAAUAAAUAUGGUGGUGUAGCCAUGAUGCCAGCUGGAUUUGAUUUGGGUGCCGUCAAAUUAAAGAAACAAGCUGGAGCCUCUCCUUCACAAUCACCACAAAAACCAGCUGCUGAACAACCAACUGAACAAGUUGAUUUCCGUAGUUCUAUCGUAUGGUUGGAAAAAGUAAAAGAAGAAAAAGAAGAAUAUACAAAUAGAUUUGAAAUGAGAAUAGGAGCCAAUAGAAUAAAACUACCGAGUCCUCCACCAUCUCCUAUUCUUUCACAUAACAACAACCCAGAUCAACCACAAGAACAAGAACAAGAUAACAAUACAACGCAGACUGCAGUUGCUGCAGCUGCAGUAGUCUCAUCGACAACAGAAUUAGCAUCAUCACCAACAUCAUCAUCAUCUUCAUCCGUUGCAACUAUAUCUACAUUGGAAUUGGUCAAUGUCGACGUCAGUGAUAGUCAACAAACAACAACAAUGAGUCAACAUAAAUCAGUACCAGUAUCAAGUGUACAACCAUCAAAAUCAUCACCAAAUAUUAUAGCAAGUAGUCAACAUCAACAUACAGCAUCAUCACCAUCACUAAAAGGAGUAGCUACUAUCGGAGCAAGUACAUCAAGGUCAUCCAAUGCAUUAGUACACCAAAAAAAGGUUGGAGGACCAAAUGAAAUAUACCAAUUAUUGGCAGAACAAAAGUUGACAGAGACUGAUAUUUGGGGAGGUCAUCCAGAUAUCUUCCCCGUCUUUUGUCAAUACAACUUGGAUAAUAUGAAUGUUGGUGGUGGUGGUGGUAUACAAUCUGGCAGUUCUACAAUGUCAUUAUCAUCAGCUGCUGCUCAUUUAAAUGGUGGUGGCGGUGGAAACAAUUCUGGAGAAGGAGGACAUGUAUUAUCAGUAAAUUUCCCAACAGAUAUGAAAUCAGAAUUUGGUGAAGUUAGGAAACGUAGUUACAAGAUUGCAAAGAAAUUGACGGUUGCACAAACAGUCAAUCUAAUUUGCCGUAGACAACAGAUAAAAGAACCAAGACGGUUCUGGUUAUCAACGAUCAUGGGAUGUAUAAUGAAUGACGAUAUAUUACUUUCAACCUAUGGAUUUGGAACAUUCUUUAAAUCAUGGGAACUCAAUCUAGUACCAAAACAAAGAUACCUAGAUCAAAUUGAAACUGAUUCUCCGUCACUAGCAACCGGUGAUUUUGUAGUAGAUUUUACUCUACCUCCUCUAACUCAAUUUGGUGGUUUAAAAAAGAAAAGAAUUAAAGUUGAUUCUAAUCUUUCAAUAUUUAAUAUACUAGAAAAAAUAUGUAACAAAUAUAAAGUUGAAGAACCAGAAAGAUUUUCAUUAAUUACAAAUGAAGAGUUCCCAUUGGUUUUAAAUUUAGAUGCUACUCUAAGUCAUUAUGGUUUGGGUAGUAAAAUAUCGACAAUGGAAUUAUCAAUUGUAUUUAAUGAAUUUAUUCCUCCCUAUUCCAUUCGUAACAAAUAUAUUCCAUCUCAUGGUGUUUUCCAAGUAGGAAAUAUUAAUCCAAAACAACAAAAAGCAGUAAUAGUAGAUUUAGAGAAUAAGUUAUUUGAAUCAAUGAUAUUAAAUGAAGAGAUGGUAUCAAAUAUUAAACAAAUAUCAUCGGAUGCAAGGGAAAAAGAGUCACAGUUGACAAGUCAAAUCAACCAAAUGGAGGUCAGUCACAAUGCAGUCAUGUCAACGAUUGUUGAACAACUCACUAAAUUCAAAGAGACGUUUAUGCGUGAAAAGGAAAAGUAUAAUCGUGAGAUUAGUUAUCUUACAGAUGAACGUAAUACUUUGACAGAGACAUUGGAUCGAUUGGGUGAAAAGAUGCGUCAAGAUGCUGAUGAAUUUGAAAAGACGUUGUUUAAAGAGAAAUCAGAACACCAAGAAACAUCGUUGCGACUCAAUCAUGCACUCGAACAACAACGACAGGAAAACAAACGAUUGGAAAUUGCUAUCAAGGAGCAGGAAGAAAGUCAUCUCGAGGAAAUGGAACAAAAACAAUUGGAAAUGACAGAGUCUAGAGAUUAUUAUGAAUCAAAGAUAUCGUCGUUGAUGACAAGUCAUAGACAACAAUCAGAACAAAAGGAACGUGAAAAGACAGAGAUGCGACACUACUAUGAAACACGUCUUGGUGAUAUCGAUCAACAAAGACAAGAAGAGGAAAAGAGAUUAAAUGAUAUUUAUAAUUCAAGUUUGACGUCGGCCGAUGUUAUAAGUAGUGCUGUCAGUCCCGAUACAUUACAUUUCGAACACAUCGAGACUCAUAUGAGUCAAGAAAACUCUGAAGAGAUGGAAAAACUAAGACUGACAAUUGAAAGAAUGAGUAUGGAAAUCAAGGAACGUGAUGUUAUUAUCAAGACUGUUUAUCCUAAAAAGAUUGAUGCACUCGAGAAAAAGGUCAAGUUGUUGGAACAACGAUACAGCGAUGCAGAGUUGCUGGCAGCUCAACGUGCACUAGAGAUUGAACAAAAAACAGGACAAUUGGAGCAACUAAGAGCCGUCGAACUCAAGCAACGACAAACUAUCGAUACUACCACCACACAAUUACGUGAAGAAGAGAGACGUCACAGAGCCGUCCAAAACGAUCUUACCAACACACUCGCAGAACUCGAAGCUGAAAGAUCCAAUGUAGCACGUCAAAAGAAACAACUUGAAGAAUUGGAACAAGCCAAGCUACAACAAGAAAUUCAAUUCAAACAAAAAGAAGCCAACUACCUUUAUGAAAUUGAAGAACUCAAGAAACCAAAACCACCUCCCAUGCCAACUUACAAGAUUGAUAAACCAAAACCACUUAAUGGUAAUGGUAAAACAUCUGAAACUGAAAUAAGAGAUGUUAGAACUGGAUUAAAAGCAGUUGUUCAUCAAACAAUCCAAAGAGAACCAACUAUUGCAGGUGUAGCAGAUCUAUUGUUCAUAUCUUUACAAAAGAGAUUUGCUUCAAUGAAUCAAACAGAUAUCGAAGAUUUGGAUGAUGACGAUGAUGAUGAAUUUGAAUUUGAUUAA